AUGGAGUGGCCGGCGCAGGGCGCAGCGCCGUGCGCGCCAAUCGGCGAGGACGCCUUCGCGCCUCCGCGAAACGGCGUCUGCUGCGCCGGCCUCUCGAAGACGUGGAAGGCCGCGGAUGCCUUUCACGAGACGCCGUGGUACCAGUGCUUGCCCGAUCCAAAGACCUCGCUGCCAACGCCGCCGCCGCCAGCGGCAGCGCCGUGCGCGCCGGAAGGCGAGGACGCCUUCGCGCCUCCGCGAAACGGCGUCUGCUGCGCCGGCCUCUCGAAGACGUGGAAGGCCGCCGAUGCCUGGCACACUGAGCCGUGGUACGAGUGCAUCGCCUCUCCCUCUGCACCGACAGGCUCUACACUGUCAGCGGGCUCGAAACGUCCGAAGGGGACGAAAGGACCGAAGACCCGCCCCAUGGCCGGCACGAGGCCGGCGUCCAGACCCGAGCCGGCGGCGGAGGCAGACGAUGCGGAUAGGCUGGGCGACGCGGUGGACGAGUUUUUGGAGCACGCGGGCACUGCGGCCACGAUGGCGGCCAGGGCAGCGCACGGGCUGCUCGACGGUGCGCUGCAGGGCUCGCUGCAGUGGCUGCACGUCAACGAGAUGGACGCGUGGUGCGCGCAGCCCACCACACCCGCUAGCGUUACCCUGUGUUGGUACAUCGACGAGUUCGACCGCUUUCCAGCUGGCGGCGCUGCCGGCGAGGCGGGUCGGGAGUCGGCGCUCCACAGCAUUUUGCUGGAGCGGCUGCAGAGCUCCCUCGAGGCGGGCCACGUGCUGCCGGCAGGUGAGCGCGCGUGGGACCAGAUGCAGCGUCGGCUGGGCGAGGCGAUCGACAGCCACACCGUCGUGCAGGCCGCCGCGGCGGACUGCGCGCCAGCCGAGGCGCCCGGGGUUGGGACGGCCACUCCUAGGGCCAUUCCCGCGUGGCUGAGCCCCGCGGGCGGCAACAAGGCGGGCGAGGCCGCGCCGCGGGAGGAGGCCGCCAGCGGCGUGCUGAGCAGCCAGCCGACCCAGCUACCCGACCCGUUCGACCCGACCCACGCGCCGACGCGACACGACCCUUUCGAGCCGCGGGGCCCAGUGCAGGGCUCUCCUCUCCACGCCGCCAGCUACCGCGGGUGCUCCGGAAAAGAGCCCACCGGCCAGUCGGCUGUGGACAGCGGCGCGAGCUUCGCGGGCUACGGGCAAGGCCGGCUCGGGCAGAUGGCGCAGAUGGCGCAGUGGAGGGAGGAGGAAGGGCGUCGCAAUGCGAUUCGGCAGGCGGACUUUCCGACUCCCAUCUCUGCGCGUCUCCCGAGCAGUGGCAUCACGCAGCCCUGUCUGGACGACUGGACCUAG